UUCCUUGCCUUCGCUCAGUUGAUCACAUGUUAUGUUGCGAUCAACAAUUUUAGUGACAAGGUGCUGUUCUGGCAAGCCUUCUUUUCAUGGUCGUCUUCUUCAGGUGCUAAAAUGGGUAGUCUUUGGCACGCGCUGUAUGUCCUUGCCUAUGUACAUGCAGCGAUGCCUUUGGAUCGCGAUGUGAAAAUGCCAGGCGAUUUUAUCCUCGGAGGACUUUUUCGAGUCCAAAGUGUCCAAUCGGGGUGUCAUGCGAUGAGCACAGAAUCCAUGCAGUUGUAUGAAGCAGUUAGAUGGUUCUUCAGGCGCCUGAAUGACAGAGACUACAUUCCCGGGAAAACUCUAGGUUUCCAUGCAUUCAACACCAAUGGACAGCCCACACAGGCGGUCAACCAGACGCUGCAUAUGCUAAGAGUUUACAACAACGCAUCAACCGACUCUCUAUAUGGUUUGCUAGGGCCAGAGACUAGUGGUGAGACUAAACUUGUUUCAAGUCUGUUGAGUUCUCUCCCUGAGGAAGAUCGUUUGCUGCAGAUCAGCUACUCCGCCACCGCCGCUAACCUCGCUGAUACGAGUAUUUACAAAAAUCUGUACCGGGUCAUAGAAACGGAUGAUGUACAAGUAGAGGUCAUUGUUCAAGUGAUGUUGUCUCUUCAAUGGAACUACAUAGCUAUCGUAUAUGAAAUGGAUGUUUAUGGGGAAACAGGUGCUAAAGCCUUAAAAGCGCUUGCAGAGGAACACAAAAUAUGUGUUCGGGUCUUCUUUGGAAUCGAAGCAGAUGCUGGAACCGAGGACAUACGAAAACGUGUUACCGAGAUAGGUGAAAUGCUAGAGCCAGCACAAGGAAGUUCAGUGAUCGGCAUGGUGUUCAUGGGACAGAGAGACACUGCUGGUGACUUGUUAGACUUCCUUAAAAUCAAACUGCCAAAGUUUCAAAUAAUCUUCACAGAGUCCCUAGUGCUGAACAUUGAACAUUUAAAGAAUGACAACUCUUUGUAUUCAAGAGCCAAGGGGCUGCUGACAACUAGCCCACCUUAUCAAGAUGCUGAGAUGUUUCGACAAUACUGGAGUGAACUCCAUUGCAACCACACGUUGAGGACACAACAGAAAGAAAAUAAUAAUUGGCUGGAGAAUUACCUUCAAUGUAAUACACUGUAUAAUUCUUCUGGGUUGUGUGACGUCAACAACUAUGCCUUACCCUUGUCUGUACAUUACAUUCUUCUAGCUUCUGCAGCCUUUGCUAAAACGAUGAAGAUGAUGCACGAGGAGGGAUGUCAUGAUGCAUGCCUUGGUGGUUUAAGGGGUAGAGUGCAAUCCAAAAUGUCCAACCUGAAUGUUGAUUCCUCAGCGGACUUUCCAGAAGAGCUCCGACCAUACAACGAGAGUUUUCAUUUUGAGAAUAGGAAAAUACAGCAUCGUAACGACGGUAACAUCUCCUCAUACAGCGUGUACAACCUACAGACGUGUAACAAUACUCAUAGCUUCUGCUUCCGCCAGGUUGGAACCUUCGUGAAUAGAACGUUAGACCUGAAGAAAUCCUUAAUUAAAUAUUUUAUAAACAACACUGAAAUAUCUGGAUUUGUGGAAGCACAGUGUAAAGUGGGAGCAACGUGCAGUUCAUGCGUUGUGAAUAAUCGUGUGGGACACAUUCUCCACCUGCCUGGGGACUUCUAUCUUGUUGGACUGGUUCCUGUGCAUAACAAGGGAAGAAUGUCUUUAAUGUGUGGCGAGUUAAGAACCAGCCUCAGUGUUGACAUUGUGGAAUCGAUUGUGUAUGCAGUCAAGGCAAUGAACGAGAAGAAGGGAAUAUUUAGAUCCAUUCUAGGAAGCAAAACACUGGGACUUGUAAUGAUGGACACGUGUGGGACUCCUUAUCUGGCUAUUGAGAGGCUAAUUAAACUUAAUAGUGGCAUGGUGCAACUCGAUCCAUCCACUAACAGUUCUCAAAUAGCAAGCAAGAUCAUAGGAUAUGUUGGUCCCUACAGGAGCUCCGUAAGCGUUCCCGUCUCUACAGUCAUGAAAGAAAUUGACGAUCUGUAUAUUUCGUAUUCCUCAACAAGUACAACUCUAAGCAACAGGCAACGUUUCCCCAAUUUUAUGAGAACCUGCUCCCCUGACCACAAGCAGGCUUCUGUCAUCAUGGAACUUGCCAGUAAACUGGGCUCAAAAUAUGUCCAGAUCAUAUACACAGAGGAGGAAUAUGGGAUUGCUGGAAAGAAUGCUCUUUUGGUAGCUGGUAAAAAACAUAAGGUAUGUGUUGCUCAGUCACUAGGUGUGAAAGAUUCAGUAGACCAAAAAGAUCUACUGGGGUAUGUUUCUUCAUUGAGAAAAUAUCCCCAAGCAAAGGUCAUCAUCAUAUUUGUGCUUUCCCAUGUAACGCCUGUGUUGAUGAGUGUUCUUGCUAAAGAAAUCAAACCUGGAGAAUUUGCUUUCAUUGGUGGCGAAAACUGGUCAAAGAGAGAGGCAGUCUUACAGAAUAGCCAGAAGCUGAUUGGUAGUUUGACAGUGGCACAGCUCCUUCCAAAGAAUGACCAAUUUGAGCAAUAUUACACGAACAUUAACGUGGAGCAGUCUAACAAUCCUUGGCUGCGGGAGUACCUAGAAGCUAAAGCCAAAUGUCAUUAUCCACUGAGUUUUUACAAACAGCACACGCGGAAAUGUACACCUGAGAUAAUUGCAGGUAAUCUUCAAAUUGAUCUUUGGGUCCCAUUUGCAAUCAAUGCAGCUUUUUCUCUGGUGCUGGGAUUCAACAAGUCAGUGGUAUCAUCAUGUGGAGACUUUGUACUUUGUGAAUAUUACAAAACUGGUGAUCUCAAGGCGAAUGUCAAGAACAUAACGCUAGGCAUCUACAAUGCAAGCGAAAAUGUGCGUGUCUUUGAUGACAACGGCGAAGGACGUGUCGGAUACACAAUAUUCCAGGUGGUAAAGGACGGAGAUCAACUUUCAUACAAAAAGGUUGGACUUUCUUCACCGGGGGGAAUUGACCUUUACAUACCUGCAUCUGAAUUAGCAAAAGGUGGGGCAUUUGGGUCCCAGUGCGAGAAAGAAAUUGAGUGUAACAUUUGCAAUAAACAACAAGACGUCAUAGAAUCCACGUCAGAUUGGCAGAUCAGCAUCCCACUAAUAUCACUAAUAUCAACUGUCAGUGGUCUGGGUGCAUGCGUCUUUAUUUUGACAUGUUGCCUCAUCAAGACCUGUCGACGGAAAAGAGUUCCUAAAGAAGAUCCUUAUCUUUCCAUCAACCCGGAUCUCAGGGAGAUCCCUGGGAGUUCAUACCAGGACCUGAGUCCCACACAAGCCAGCAGUGAUUAUAUCACAGCCAAACACGUGGAUGAAACUGAAAUGAAACCUUUUGACGAUGGGGCCAUGGACACCAUGGAGAGACUGGAGCACAUGGAGAGGCUGCAGCACAUGUAGCUUGUGUCAUGUCUCGAUAUACAUGUACACGCAGCUGAAACAUAUAUAUGUUGUCUCUGUUGAAUUACUUCAUUUUGCUGAACAGAGAGUAAAAUAGUAGUAAUUUGCCAACUCUCUCUGGAUCAACUCGAAAGACAUUUUUUUUCUUUUUAGGUUAAAAUUUGAAUAUAGUAUCCUUAAUGACAAGGCAUAUAGCAUUUAAUGGAUCAUUUCCUUUAAAUGGAAAGCCCGGUAAAACGUUUUCUUUGGUGAAAUUGAUAUGAAUUUCCGCCUUAUUAUUUAUCCAUCUUUCAAGUUCGGCCCAGAGAGAGCUAGCGUUUUCACAAUUCCAUAGUACAUGAGAAAUGUCAGCAAUAACUUUAUCACAACUUGUACACAAGGGAGAAUCUUUAUAUCCCACUUUAAAUAGGUAUUUACCAACUGGAAGUAUUUGAUUAAUGAUUCUGUACUGAGGCCAACGCAAUUGCACACUAUCAGUUCAUCGGAAGGGUAUUUCAUUUAUAUUUUUCAAUUCAUAAUCUGUAUAAUAUUUUAUUUCAUUUUCCCAUUGCUGAUUGGCUGAUGUCCUCUGAAAUGUUGAACUCAAUAGCACAUCAUAGUAGUAUUGUGAACUCUUUGGACUCUUCAUAAGUACAUGAAUGUUAAAUGGUAAAAUUGGGGCUACCAAUGGUGUAACAUCAUAAGUUUCCAAAGAUUUUAAAUAAACAUUUAUAGCAUUUCUUACUCCGUAAAAGGUUAAACGGUUACACGAAACAUUGUAUCUAUUCUCAAAUUCUAAGUAUGAAAGAAGUCGGCCCUGAUGAUCUACCAAAUCAUUGAUAUAUUUUACUCCCACAUCAUCCCACUUGUUAAUAAAUAUAUAUUUCCCAUCAAUCUGCACAUUGUCAUUGUACCAUAUAUAUUGGGAAUAAGCAUCCUUUCGUGUUUUCUUAUGUUUUUCUAUAUAUCGGCCCCAAGACGACACUACAUCUCGCCAAAAAGGAUUUCUGAUAGUUUUGACGAUGUGGUCUCUUAUGUAUUUUGCAUCCAUUUGAAAAAUAUCAGAUGGGAUAAUAUUAGCCUCAAAUAUAAACGAUUUAAGGGUUGUAUUUGAUAGAUGUAUGUGACGAAGCCAAGAAAUAUUUUGAGAUACAAUAUCUUUUACUAGGGGUACUUUAAGACCACCGUUAGGAAUAUUGUUCAUUACCCUUUCCCUUUUAAUUUUAUCCGGUUUUUCAUUCCAAAUAAAUCUGAAGCACUUUGCUUGAAAUUUAUUUAUAAUAUCUUCGGAUGGAGCAGGAACAGUAGAAAACAAAUGAUUAAGUUUUGGUAACAAUAAUGAUUUCAAUAUUGUAUUUCGUCCAAAGGGUGUAUGUAUUCUCUUUUUCCAUAAUUGCAUUGAAUUUUUUAUUUCUUUGAAUUUAUGGUUAUAAUUAAUGUCUACCAUAUUUUCAAGAUCAGUAUCAAAUUUAAUGCCCAAUAACUUAAAGUUUUCGGUCCAAUCCAUUUUCAUUUUGGGAAGUAGUUUUAUCCGACUACGGUUUUUUUAACCAAUCCAUGUCAACUUAGUUUUGUCUAUAUUUACCCGUAAGCCCGAAAAGCGUUCAAAGAGAGUCAAUGUAUUAAAAACAGCUUGUAAACAUCUUUCUGUACCAUCUAAUAUUAAAGUUGUAUCGUCUGCAAACUGAGCUAAUAAGUGAUCAAUAGAACCAAUCUUUAAUCCUUUCAUAGAUGUGUUAUUCUUAAUCAAUAUGGUUAAUAUCUCAGUACAUAUGAUAAAAAUAUACGGGGAAAUUGGGUCGUCUUGGCGGCAGCCUCGACUUAACUUGAACUUGCAAAACCAUUAACCAAUACACAUGACUCUGAGUUUUCAUACAAUAAUCUUAUCCAUUAAGUAUUGAAGAACCAAACUUAAAAAAUGCUAACACGUCUUGAAUAAAUCCCCAAUCCAAAGAAUCAAAAGCUUUUUCGAAGUCGAUAAGCAUUAACAUGCCAGGAAUUUGACACCUGCAUGUUAACCUCUCCCAUAUAUCUCCCUUUAAUAAAGCCUUUCUGUUCUUCACUGAUAAAAGUGAAAAAGUAAAAACUUUAAAAAUUCUGCAGUGAAACCAUCAGGUCCCGGACUUUUAUCGUUUUUCAUACGCUUUAAGGCACUAAGUACUUCAUCGUCAGUUAAUUCACCUUCCAUUGCUUCCGCUAAUCUUUCAUUAACUUUAUUUUGAUCAUUUGGAAAUAAUGUUUCUAAAUCUAUCUGAGAUCUAUCUUUUUUUGAAUAUAGGGUUUUAUAAAAUAAUUUCGUGUCAUUUCAAAUAUUUGAAGCGUUUGUGAUAAUUUCUCCAGAUGUUCUUUUAAGUUUAGUGAUCGAUUUUUUCAGAAAAUUUCUUGAUUCCAAGUUUAGAAAGAAUUUGGUUGGUUUUUCUCCCUUUUCUAUCCAUUUGGCUUUAGCUCUUACAAAACAACCCCUCGCUUUAAUUUCACUAAUUUCCUCUAAUUCAGAAUUUAUUUCAUUUAUUUCUUUGAGUAUUUUUUUUUAUCAUCAACAUUUUCUAGUUUAUCUAGUUCAGUUAUCUUACAGGAGAGCUUUUCGUUUAAUUGUUUCUCUUUAUUUUCUCUAUUUCUUUUUGCACUACUAGAAUAUAAUAUGGUUUUGCCCCUUACCAAACAUAAAAUUGUUUCCCAUAAAAGCUGAUCCGAAAUAUUGUAACCUUCAUCUUUUUUGUAUUCCGCGCAAGUUUCAUUUAUAGUGUCCUUAACUAGCUUCACAUAAUAUGGAUCAUUUAGUAAAGAAUUGUUAAAUUUCCAGAAGCCUUUACCGCGUUUGAUUUCGUUAUAACACAGACUCAUCUCUAUAGCCGAAUAAUCUGUUUUAAAACCCGGAUCAAUGCUGGUAUAGUGCACUGAGGAGAGAAGAUUGUGUGAAAUAAGAAAAUAAUCAAGCCGUGAUUGUUUCAGGGGAGUAGGCUGACGCCAGGUAUAUCUUCUUUCAUUUAGGUUAUUUAAUCUCCAUGGAUCUUUCAGAUCAUACAGCUCUAUAAGAUCGUGUAUUUUGGAUCUAGCUUUUGAGUUAUUUACAUUCUUGUAAUUAAAUUGAUCAAUUAGAGGAUCUAAAGUACAAUUCCAAUCUCCACAAAUGAUUAAAAAUUCAGCCUCGGAUUCGUUUAAAAUAUCUGCAAUCUGUUCAUAAAAUUCGGGGUUAUCUUCAUUUGGGCCAUACAGAGUUAUGAGUAGGUAUGUCUUAUUUUCAAUUUCAAUAUCUAGGGCCUUGUAAUUCCCAAAGUCCUCAUCUGAAUAUUCUUUACAAACUUUAAAUUCAAAGUUAUUAUUAAAAAGAAUUGCAGUUCCACGAGCGUUUGAUUUAUAUGAGCUAAAAUAACAUUCUGAAUAGCCCCAUUGUUGUUUGAUGAAUUGUUCUUGUUGUUUCGUAAAAUCUUGUAAACAAUAAAUGGAUGCUUUUUUCUUUUUAAGAAAGGAAAAUACUUGUUUUCGUUUUAGGUUGUCGCCAAUACCCCUACAAUUCAUAGAAAUAAUUCUUACUCUUUCAGACCCCAUUACGAUGACAAAUGGGAUAGAUAUACAUGAUCAAUUUUGAAAUGCUGACUUUUGUAUGCCUUCCAGAAUUUGUUAUUUUCAUGUUGUACAUAUUACGACAGUGGAAUUUUAUAACAACUGAAGAAACAAAGAAAAACAAAGAAUAAGAUGGACUCAUAAGAAGCCUUAAUUUCAAAUACGAGUACACCAACCCGUACCCGCAAAGUAUACAAGAGUGAAUUUCUCUUUGUAUAAAUACAUAAUUUAAAUUAGACUACUUUUACAUGUCUUUAAGAUAUCCCUUAUCACCGCAUUUAGAAAAUAAAUGUCUAUAUAUAGAUUUUCGUCCAACUGCAAGGACUAUUUUUUCUGUCCAUGCAUAAUAUAUGGAACGUCAUACACUAAACUGAGGUAAAUGUAAUGAUAAAGAAAACCAAAACAUAUCUUUCAUAAGGGGAAAGGGAAAAGGAAGCAAUCAAUGUUCCAUUGUCAAUGAACAACAAGAAUGACAGCCGGGGAUGCCAGUAUACAAAUAUAACGAGGGCAAUUGUUUGUUUACCUUGUACAGGUCUUAUCGCCCCUACAUAACUUAAAGUGUUGAAGUGUGUUACACCAAAUUGAGACAAAAGAUUAGAAGAAAGCAUAUACACUUAAAGGUUUCUUGAUAUGGUAUGGUUAAACUCCAUGUGAAACAAAGGAAAUAUAAUAAGUGAACAGAAGCAAAAAGAAGUAGUUUGGCAGUUCUGUAAUACAAUUAAGAAUAGAAAAUAGGACAACGAUUAACACGUGCACGUAUGCACAAACGUAAUAAGGGUCUGUUUUUUUUUCGCCUUGCACGGAUUUUACCUGGUAUUACGUAAUGCAAUCAAUGGAAUGUAAUGUUCACAUACACGGGACAAAUACAACGUACACAAGAUAUUUGAGUUCUUGUUCUGGUUGCUUCAGCCGCAGCUGUAUCAUGCUCAUGUAUAGUUUGAUGUAUAUUGAUUCUCAUCGGUUUUGCUGUGGGGUGUAUGUUUUGCUCAGUUCCAAGAUAAUACAGUUUGGAAGCAAUCAUGUUACGAUGACAGACGUGCAUACAUGUAGUGGCCGUAUUAUGUUCGCAAUACGUCUUACACAAUUUUGUUGGGAAGUGUUUGUAUACAUUAACAUGAUUCCAUGAGAGACGUUACUUGAAAAGAAACUAUACCAAGAAAGAUGUUGUGUUCACGAAAAGAAGAGACCAGACAAUUCAAAGAUGUAUUAUGUAUUUUAAAAGGAAUGCAAUGUGUCGAGUCACAAUCAGCCAAAAUAUAGAAUCGCGAGGCACGAUUAGUAGACAGGAGCCAGCUGUUCAGUAUUCGAUAACACACCAUUGGAAGGGUGGAUACGAGAAAGUCACUUCUGAAGCUAAAGGUCACACAUGUCAGCCAAUAUUGAGUAUGAUCUCCCUGCGCACCAAUACACGCCCUUACUCUGUCCUGAGCAGAGAAGGUCCGACGCCUGAUUACAUGAACUGGAAUCUGAGGCCUUCCUCCCUGAGCGCCUACAUUAACCUAUGUCUGUUGACAGGAGAAUUGUCUUGCUGUGGCCCAACGCCAGAUAUGGUCCCACAUGUGCUCGAUGGGUAUCAUAUCAGGUGAUCGGAUUGACCAAGGCAAUACAUUGGCAUUCUUACUCGUAGCCCGAAGAAAGUAUCGCGCAAUGUGGGUUCUAUGUGAUCUUGCGUUGACUUGCUAGAACAAAGAUCUGGUGGUUCUGCUGGAGUAACGGCAGCUCAAAUGGAUGCAAAACAUAUAGCUAGUCGAUGUUAUGUUGUGGUUACGAUUGUCGAAUCCAGACAGGUUUGUCUGCGUUUGACAAAAUCUGCUAUGGUCAAUAAUUCGAUGCCAUUGGUGCAACAACGUCCCGUCAUUAUCCUCUCCGAGGGUGGACGCUGUCAUCAGCUGGAUCAGCUAAUAUUGAUGUCUGUGAACAGUCUUUGCUACCAGUGCCUGUAUGCUCUUCCCGUACUGCUCAUGUCCAUCUUAGUCUCUGACGUCUGUGUUGACGUGUCAGUGUCAUGUCCCUGUAAGGUCUAAAGUCCCUGACACGAUACCGACUAAAUCUUCUGGACACUUGAGAUCCGAGGGUUCAUGACGAUGUCACUGCCCGUAUCUGUUUCAGAGAUGGAGAGGGGCGGUCGGGUAGCCUAGUGGUUAAAGCGUUCGCUCGUCGCGCCGAGGACCCGGGUUUGAUUCCCGACAUGGGUACAAUGUGUGAAGCCCAUUUCUGGUGUCCCCCGCCGUUAUAUUGCUGGAAUAUUGCUAAAAAGCGGCGUAAAACCAAAUUCACUCACUCACUCACUCACUCAGAGAUGGAGAAGACGUUAACUGGAUCAUUCUGGGAGGUUGCGACCGGUGGUCUGCUGCUACUAAACCUGUCUAGUGUACGCCAUGUCUUCACGUAGCGGGUCAUCAAAAAUGGUGAUUGUAACUCGGGUACAGUGUGACCUGGCAACGUUGUCAUGUGUAACCUCCACGUGCAACUUACCAAUGGCCUUUUCUCUACCUUCUUGGGUAAUCAUGGCAUUAUCGUAGCUAUUUUCUGGAACGUCUGAUGUCCAUGAGCUAUGAUACGCUGCUUGAAUACCUUUAUGUCAGUUUGGUGUCAAACUGCAUUCACGUGCACCAACAUAUUGCGAUUUGAUUUAGAUUGCUGAGUAUGCUGAUCAGAGGCGUGACUUUCGUCACCAUUAAACCUGGUUACGUUUGUGAGAUUAAUUUUAAACAUCUGCCAACACUAUUCCGGGUUUGGUCUGUUUGGUAUAGUUUCUUGCACCUAUCAGCUGAUAUAGCUGCUAUAGCCUUGUACAUAUAAGUCUGCUUUUUAGAAAAUAGGUCGCGAUCGCGUACCUUGGUCAACACAACUAGAAACUCGACAAUUUAUAUAUUUGUUAUCACCCCAAAGAAGCAAUUUUAAUUGUUCCAAGAAUGGUAAAGCUACAGUACCCAAAUGAAACAAAUGUUAUAUUUGGGAUAACACUUUCUUAGUAAAGUUUGUCGCUGAGUGGGUUAGAUCGCUGACAUUGUGUGCUGGCGAUUAGGUGCCUCACUCUGGCAGUGUGGGUUAGAAUCCCGGACGGGACUCAACCCAAAAAGGUACGAAUCUGUAUUUUACUAAUAAAAGUGUUGUCACAAAUAAAACAUUUGUUACAUUUGACCACUUUCUAAAUGGUAUUGUGUGCCCACAGUACCAAAAUAAACAAACACAUUAUUAUGUUUGCAUUACAAAAUGCUGUCAACUCAAUUUUACUGUGAGCUCUACUUAAACAAUACCGGUUCAUCCGUUUCGUCAUCAUCAUUAUUUUAUCAUUCAUGAGGGGAUUACCCCCCUAACUACCCCCAAUAGACCCACCCCCCACCCCGACCCCGACCCACCCCCGUUUGACCAGUGUCCAUUACCAAAUACUACCUUAAGUGUUGGCUUCCAUUGCCUACUGCUAUCACCUUCCAGCGCCAAUCAUCUGUUGGCUUCCUUUGUUAGCUUCUACCCUUUGUUAUGUUCCUUUUGUUAUCUUAUUAAUUUUGUUGUCUUUACAUGUACAUAUAUAUCCUCUCUGCCUCAAAGGUCAGGUGCUGCAAGGAGUACGUAUAUACUCCGAAACGCCCUGUUCCCCCAUAAUAAAGAAGUUGACAUCCA